AUGUCGCCAGCGAAACGAGCGCGCUCCUCGACCGCCACAAUCAAGCGCUCGUCUUCCGCCACUCCCCCUCCCUCGUCGACUCCCACCGCCGACGAAGACAAGCCCAAGCCCACCCUUCCCGCCUCGGCACUCAAGAAACUCUCUCUCCACGCAUCGUCCCGCGCAGCUCAGACGCCUUUCCCGCAUUGGCAGCACCCGACUCCGCAAGAAGCGCAGGAGGUGUGCGACUUGCUCGCUAGCGUGCAUGGAAUGCCGACGAGGCCAAACGUGCUGGUUGACAAGGAGGAUGCGCCGGCGGGGUGCGGGCAGGUGCCGAGUGUGUUGGAUGCGCUUGUGAGGACGAUUCUCUCGCAGAACACGACGAGCAAGAACAGUACUGCGGCAAAGGUCCAGAUGGACCAGAUCUACGGCCGCGCUAAUUACCGCGCCGUCCUCGUCGGCGGCCAAGCCAAGCUGCAAGAGACGAUCCGUUGCGGCGGUCUCGCGGGCAACAAGUCCAAGGCGAUCAUGGGUAUCCUCGACCGCCUCGAAGCUCGAAACGUCGGCGAGCUCGGCCUCAAGCCGGGCGAGGGCGAGUUGAGCCUCGAUUACUUGCAUGGGAAGAGCGACGAGGAGGCGCUCAACGAGUUGAUCAGCUUUGAUUCGGUCGGCAUCAAGACGGCGAGCUGUGUGCUGCUUUUCUGCCUCGGGAGGGACUCGUUCGCCGUGGACACCCACGUCCACCGCCUCUCACUCUCGCUCGGCUGGCUCCCUCCGAACGGCUCCGUGUACACCCUCUCCUCCUCGGACUCCUCCUCUCCCUCGAAGCCCACCCGCCAAACCUCCACCGCCGCUCCUCCCUCCCGCGACCAAGCCUUCUACCACCUCGACCACCUCCUCCCCUCCCAGCUCAAGUACCCGCUUCACUCGCUUCUCGUCCGACAUGGACGUGGGUGUGUCCGAUGCGCUGCGAAUGGCGUUACGACGAUGGAUUUCGUCGAGACGUGUCCGAUUGAUCAUCUCGUGAAGCGGGUCAAGGGGAAAUACAAAGGCGGAGGCGGAGGGGCGAAGGGGAAGAAGACGGAGGAGGCGGAGGAGGUGCCGGUCAAGGACGAGGCGGGCCAAACAGUCGGUUUCGCGCACGCCGAAGGCGCAGAGAAGAUCGAGUUUGAGCCGUUGCCGGACGCGGCGGAGGAGAGGGUCGCCGAGUUGGGUGCGAGGAAGGGCGAGGCGGUCAAGAUGGAGGACGAGGAGGGGAUGCCGCGCGAUGAGUCGGCCGAGGAGCACGUUAAGCCGAAGAAGGGUCGCGGGAGGAAGGUCAAGGCGGAGCCGAAGGAGGAGGACGAGGGCGACGCCGAACCCGCCGCCAAGCGCUCUCGUCGCUCGACUACCGCAUCGACGAAGUCUUCCGCACCCACUCGUGCUCGCUCGACUCGCCUCGGCUUCACCAGCUCGAAGGCUGCCGCGGCGACUCGCUUGAAGGCUGGGAAGGCGAGUGGCGACCGCAACGAGCCAGAGGCGGCCGGACAGGCGAACGGAGGAACGAUGCACGGAUUGGAUGUGUAG